AUAUUAAUGCUAUUCACAGCUGUGUACAUAUUUCGAUAAGUAUAUAAAUUAAACCAUACGCAUUAGUGUGCUUCUCAGAAUUUGUCAGACGUAGUGUGGAAACAGAUCUACGUAAUGAGGCAGAUAUCGUGUAUUCUGAUCGCAUUAGCGAUCGUAGGUGUUUAUGGUGAUGAACCAGACAAGUUAGUAAACGGAAUACCCACCACCAUAGAGGAAUAUCCUCAUUGCGUCUCCCUAAGGGUCAAGGACAACAAUCACUUUUGCUGCGGUAGCAUAAUCGAUCCAGAAUAUAUCCUAACUGCCGGACACUGUAUAGUACCCCUAGAACAGGACUCCAGUCUAAUGGAAUCUUUGACUAUUGUUUCUGGCACGACCUACCUCGAUAACGGUGGAGAGGUUCAUAAGGCAGCCAAAGUGUGGCUUCAUGAAAAUUAUAAUACCCGCUCUUCUGGUAGAGGCCCUUACGACAUUGGCUUGAUAAAGCUGACUAAGCCCAUGGAGUUUGGUCCAACACAAAGAUCAGUUCUGCUUCCCACAAAGAAAUCAGAGAAGAAUAUGGAAGUUACAAUUGGAGCCUGGGGUUCUGAAGGAUUCAGAAAACCUAUACAUAACAACUUGCAAAAAUUAGAUGCGAGUGUUAUGCUUGCGGACACAUGUCAGACUUAUCACCAUUUCAUUAUGAAGAUUCACAAGCACGAGAUUUGUACUCUCAUUAAGCGAGGAACUGGAAUGUGUAAUGGUGAUAGCGGUAGCGGAUUGAUUACAAAUACCGACAUAGAAAAGCGCGAAAUUGUUGGUGUGACAUCUGGAGGAAUACCGUGCGCGACGGGUUAUCCAGAUGUAUUCACUGAUGUUUAUUCCUACGUUUCUUGGAUCAAAGAAAAAAUGGAAGAAAAAUAAUAAUAUUCUUCUUUAUAUAUUACACGGAGAGAAUUUCUCAUAAAAUUUGCUCUGAAUAUCAUGGUAGUCGUAAGACGACAUUGUAUUUCGAAGAAAUUUAUGUGAUUUUCUCAGAUUUAUUAAUAUUUAUUACACACAUUUUAUAUU